CAUCUCAAGAAAUGUUUCACAUGGGCCAACAAAAACCAAAAUAAACCGCAUGUGGAGUUUUUCCAAUUCUGAUACAAGAUUUAUUUGAGUUCCUUGAAUAAACGCGGAUUCGUCGAGAGCACGUGUAAGCUAGUUCAAAUUUGUAGCAAUCUGGUUAUUGCACAAACUAAACCAUAGAAGGCAAGUGGUAAAAUAACGCCCAUCUCAAAACUAACAAAAAUGGCAGUCAGAAAUAAGAAAAAAGGAAACCAAACGAAAAAGCCAGCUUCGAAGAAUCUAGAACAGCAACCACAAAAAAUCGAAGAGGACGACAGCGAGGAGCAAUCUGAGGAAGAAACGAUUCCGGCGAAAAAUGACGAAAGUGGAGACGAGGAAAUUGAAAAUCCUGCCACCAGCCAAGAGUCCGAACCAGCUGAAGACUCGGAGGAGGAGGAAGCGAUGAAAACGACAAUCUUUGUCGGUCACAUUAAGUACGAUCUUGUAAAGCAAGACCUCGAAGAGUUCUUCGGUCGGGCUGGAGAAGUAAAGGCAGUGCGAAUAAUUCCCAAAAAAGGUUUCGCCUUCGUUACUUUUGCGAAUGAAAAAUCUCUCGAAAAAGCAUUGAAGUUUAAUAAUGAAAAGUUGAAGGGGAGGGAAGUUCACAUAGAGAGAGUUAAGACGAAGCAAUCCGACAAAAAGAAGCAAAAGAAGCGUAAAUUGGAUGCGGAAAUUGAAGAACGAAAGGCGAAGAAAGCCAAGCUGGAACAGACGGUUAAAAAGAGACGCUUUUAUUCUAAGGCGCAAAAGAAAGGCCCCGGAAAGAAUGGAUCCAAACCCAGGAAAUCCGUUCGCGCAAAUUAGAUACGUUUAUAACUUUAUAUACAUGCUAUAAUAAUAAUGAAUAAUACAUGAAGUUAUCGUGUAAAAACA